UGGUUCGAGAAUCGACCACGGCUCAGCCAGCCUCCUCCACCACAUCCGCCGCCUACCUCCCCCCUUCCCGCCGCCGUGGAAGGAGACCGGCGGCUGGCUCCCACCGCUUCCGCGAGGGUUCGGAGGCAGUAGGCUCCGCUGCUGCCAUGCUCUCCAGGAUCUCUCAACUCGGGGCGCGGCUCGUGCGCGAGACCAGAGCUGCAGGAAACUUGUCAAGCCAUAGCAGCAAUUACUACCGAGGUCUCAGCCGGCAUUCAGCCCCAGCGAAGAGCAUCCUCUUCUCCACCGCAACAACAAGUAGUCAUCAUGAUGAAGGCGGUGACGACAAGGAGAAAAUCUCUGUAACAUUUGUGAACAAGGAUGGCACUGAGAAAACGAUACGUGUUCCUGUCGGAAUGUCCAUGUUAGAAGCUGCUCAUGAAAAUGACAUAGAACUUGAAGGAGCAUGUGAAGGGUCGCUCGCAUGUUCCACUUGUCAUGUCAUAGUUAUGGAUGUAAAGGACUAUAACAAGCUAGAGGAUCCAACAGAUGAGGAAAAUGAUAUGCUUGACCUUGCAUUUGGGCUGACAGAAACGUCCCGUCUUGGCUGCCAAGUAAUAGCGAAGCCCGAACUCCGACAAGAAGCUGCGUACGAGGUCGAGGUCUAGGUCCAAAUCACGACCAAUUGAAGAGGUCGUACCAGGUGACGGGAUCCGGGACGUUGCUCAAAAGAAGAAGGCCAUCAAGAAAUCGAGGGACUCUGUCAAGAACAGGAACAAGGAGGCUCGCCGUGGAGAGGCGGAUCGCGUCAUCCCCACCUUGAAACCGAAGCAUCUCUUCUCUGGAAAACGAGGAGUUGGAAAGACCCAGAGGCGAUAAACCAGUCAAUGUGGACGUUGCUGCUUGCAAUCACUCGAUCAGGAACUAUUGGAUCACUGCCAUUUUUCGUGCUGGGCAUCGGGGGAGGCUUCAGUGUCAAUCUGGCAGCUGGAGAUACUACUAUCUAUUGCAAUUUUAUUUUUAUCUGGCAUUUGCUCUGUGUUCCGCUUUGUUUGUUAGACUACAUUGUUGUUGAACUAUAUGGUUGUACCUUCGGUUUACUCUGCACUUGUGCGGAGCGGAGUCGAAUUUUGUUUGAUGGUGUUAUUAAUGUAUUUGAACGGGCCGCUUGUUUUCCUUUU